CCCCACAGGCGGAGCGCCGCCGCCAUCUUUGAAAAGGGCAGGCGCAGCUGAGGAGAAAAACAGGACGGCAGCCGGGCUGAGAAGCACGAGGGGCGACCCGAUCUUGAAUUAAUUCCAGCAUGGCAGAGUAUGGGAUCUCUCUCGGUGAACAAGUGGCUGUGGUUUGCGAUAGUUACGCCCCUCCCAAGGCACUUCAGAAAUUUGUCCAGGAUGUUCAAGCAGUUAUUGGAGCUGAAAAUCAGGUUUCUGUAGAAAACGUCAAUCAGCUGCUUUACUCGUCCCACAAAGAGUCCAGCUUUGAUGUGGUUCUUUCGGGGCUAGUUCCUGGCAGCCUAACGCAGCACAGCGCAGAGCUUCUUGCUGAAAUAGCUCGGAUUGUCAAACCUGGAGGUCGUGUCCUUUUGAAAGAAGCGGUGACCCCCGAAGCAAGUAACGAUGACAAACUCAAGACAGUAAGCAAACUACAAACAAUUGCAACACUCUCUGGUUUGGUUGAGGUAAAAGAGCUGCAGAAGGACGCUUUAACCUCAGAACAAAUUCAGGCUGUCCAGAAGCAUCUGGAUCUGCAGUGCAAUGAAAUUCUCGCAGUUCAGUUAGAAGGCAAAAAGCCCAAUUUUGAGAUUGGAUCUUCAAGUCAGCUCAAGCUUUCUACUGUCAAGAAACCAACAACUGAAAAACCACGGGUGGAUCCCACGGCUGCAAAACUCUGGACUCUUUCGGCCAACGACAUGGAUGAUGAGGACGUGGAUCUCCUGGAUUCAGAUGAGCUUCUGGAUCCUGAGGAUUUGAAAAAGCCAGAUCCAGCAUCUCUCAGAGCACCGUCUUGUAAGGAAUCUGGAAAGAGGAAAGCCUGUAAGAAUUGCACCUGCGGCCUUGCUGAAGAACUAGAGCAGGAGAAGAAAGGCGCACAGCCAAAAUCUGCGUGUGGCAACUGCUACCUGGGGGACGCCUUCCGCUGCGCCAGCUGCCCUUACCGUGGCAUGCCAGCCUUUAAGCCUGGCGAGAAAAUCCUCCUGAACGAAAACAACCUUCAGGACUCCUGAAAGAGGAGCAGCAACUCACAGCUUCCUUGCUUGGUGCAUCAUGGUUUGGACACAACUGGCAGUUUCUCUAGUAAAGAGGGAGGAAGUCUGGACUUGUGGGGGGUGGAUCAGCAGACAAAUAGGUGGCCCAACGUGGGUUGUGUUCCAGACUCGCUUCUCAGUUGGUAUCGCUUUCAAGACUCCUUGACUGACAUUCUUUUGGAAAGGUUUGCAUCUAGAUUUUGGCUGUUAUCACGCGCCCUGCAGAUAAAAAGAUCUUGCUAGUAAUUGGCAUCAGCCCUGGAGCUGCCCAGAAUUUGAAAGGGCAACCUUGUCUUACUGAGCCAACAUGUGAGAAACCUUUCCAUUUACUUUGCCCGCAGAAUGUGGCUCUGCCAACCCCCAAAGAGUAGGUCGGGGUGGGUGGCGUUGGCUUGUACUCAAAAGUGCAUCGUAUGCCUUCAUUCCCAGUUUUGUGCCAAUGGGAGGAUUCCAAAUUAUACUUGUGAAACUCUGACCUUACUUUUGGUUUACUUUGGCGCACAAAGUUCUUGACCAUCAUUUUCCUGAGAGAGUUUUAUGCAGAUGUCGCUAUUCCAGGUUGUCAUUGUUGCUUUUUUAAGAAAGUUUUGAGAAUCCAGAUUACUGGAAAUCCUGUCUCAGAAGUGAGUGUAAUAAAAAGUUUGAUCCGAAA